CCAGAGGAAACCCGACAGCUAACGCCCACCCUGGAGGUCACAGUCACGGUAGCACAGAGGCUGCACAGGACAAGGGGCAUGACAGAGGACUAGCCCAUGCUGCAGAAUGGCCUUCUGGGAGUGUCUAGCUGCCAGGAUCUGGGAACCGCCCUGAGCUGAGAAUUUUUGAAGUCUCCUCCCUGCCGCUGUGAGUCAGGCUGGGCAAACACUUUCAGUUUUGUUUUCCUGUGUGCAAAGAAACGAAACUCCACAGAAGCACUGCAGGAAGCUUGACCAUGGAGGCUGACUUCCAAGUGUGCAGGAACUGCAAAAGAAAUGUGGCCUCUCUCCACUUCAUGCUCCACGAGGCCCACUGCCUGCGCUUCAUAGUCCUUUGCCCAGAAUGUGAAGAGCCCAUCCCAGAGUCAAAGAUGAAAGAGCACAUGGAAGUUGUGCACCAGCAGACCAAGGAAAGCCAACAGCACCCUGCCAAGUGCAAGUUCUGUGAGCUGGCCGUGCAGCUUAGCAAUCUGGAUGUCCAUGAGUCCCACUGUGGCAGCCGGACAGAGCAUUGUCCACACUGCAACCAGCCCAUCACACUCCAAGUACUGUCUCAGCACAAAGCCAUGUGUCUGAGUGCAAAGGGCAGGCCUGAGGAAGGGAAGAGAAUUGUAUCAUCUCCUGGAAGAAAAACCCGUUGUGAUCUUUGCAAACAAAUGAUUCCAGAAAAUACGUAUGCCUCCCAUAUGAAACAAUGUUCCGCCCCAAACACUGUGACACGUAUUCGGGAUGAAAGUAUAAUAGUCAUUCCUUCAACCCUUGCAUUUAUGGACUCUGGAAAUCGAAGAUCCACAGUGAGUAAAGAUGUUCGUCCAAAGACAAAAAAUAGAAACAGCUCAACAAAGCGAGAGACAAAAAAACAAAAUGGCACUGUGGCUCUGCCUUUGAAGUCUGGGCUCCAGCAGAGGGCUGAUCUUCCCACAGGAGACGAGACGGCCUAUGACACUCUCCAGAACUGUUGUCAGUGCCGAAUUUUACUUCCCUUGCCCAUUCUAAAUGAGCACCAGGUACUUUGUUCUCCUUGCAUCCCUAACUGCCUCCUCUCCUGUCUAGGAACCUGCUGCAGUGUCUUAAAGCACCCCAGCCUUGCUUCCCAAUGUGUGGCUCCUCCUGUGCCUCCUUCUGCUUCUGUGUCAUUGUGCAUUCUCUCGGCUAUCUGGUUUGUGUCACCUCUCAGUCACUGAGUAACCUUUGAAGGAAGGUCAAUCUAUCUCCUGUGUCUGCAUCUGUAUCAGACCCUACACUUGGCAAUACUCCAGGGCCACAUGAAUGAUGGAAGCCCAGGGCUGUCAGUGAACUCCCUCCAGGUGGAGAUAAGGCAGAAGGCCCUGACUCCAGAUGUGAAGGCGGCUGGUGGCUUGCCUCUAGCAUACCCAAAGCUGGCCUUUCUCAUCCUGAGUUUUCCACCCAAGGCUAUCUUCUUUUGCUAUGGGGUUUUGUUUGUUUUUGUUUGAUUAGUUGCUUAGGUUUUGUUUGGUUUGGUUUGGUUUUAUUGUUUGGUUUGGCUUGGGGUUUUUGUUUUCAUUUUUUCCAAAACAGAGUUUCUCUGUGUAUCCCUGGCUGUCCUGGAACUCUGUUUUAUAGACCAAACCGGCAUUGAAUGUAGAGAGCUCCACCUGCCUCUGCUUCCCUGGUACUGGGAUUAAAGAGUUCACUACCUCUGCUCUGCCAAAUGAUUGUUCCAAAUGAUUGUUUUGGGGCUUUUUGGGAGGGGUAGGGGAGGUUAAAAGGCAUUUGAAGAGGAAAGGGUUAAUUUCACCUUAGUGCUUGGGGAAGUCAGUACAGAACCCGGCGGCAGAAAUUGAUGCAGAGGUCAUGAAGGAAUGCUGCUUACUGGCUUGCUUCCUCCUCAUGGCUUGCUCAGCCUGGUUUCUUAUAGUGCCCAUGACCACCAGCCCACCAGAGGUACCGCCCACAACAAACCUCCUUACAGCAAUUAUCAGUCAAGAAAAUGCCACACGGAUUUGCUACAGGCCAAUGUGACAUUUUUCUCAUCUGAGGUCCCUCUUCCCAGAUGACCAUAGCUUGUGUUGAGUUAACAAAAACCUAAGCAACACACUCUGUCAGGUAGAGGGGUGAAUCCCUGUAAUCCUAGCACUCAGGAAAGGUAAGGGCGGCGGGGGCUAAAGGGUUAACUAAGUGGUUAAAGAGCUUGCUGUGCAAGCCCGAGGAUAUAAGUUCAAAUCUGCAGAUACCAUGCAAAAGCCAGGCACAGUGACUCACUCCGGAAACCUCAGGGUGCUCAGGGGACAGAGACAGGUGGGUCCCAGGGACUUUGCUGGCCAGCCUGUCUAGACAAAAUGUUGUGUUUAAGAUCAGCAAGAGACCCUAUCCCAAAACAAGGCAGAGACACAUCAAGAAAAGACAAGAAGAGUCACAUACCAAGAUGGCACUCUCUGGCCUUUACAUAUGGGAGCAUGGACCUUCAACCACAUAUUUGCCCACCACACAAAUUUUUAAAAAGGAAGACUGAAACAGGACUCUGAAUUUGAGGACAGUCUAGGCUACAUAGUGAAUUCAAGGCCAACUAAGUUAAAGUAAGACCCUGUGUCAAAAAUUAAGUAAACAAAGAAACAAACAAACAAACAAAUCAAUGGAGAAGGGAAGACUAGGUAAAUGGUUAGGUGGUAAAGCAUUUGUCCUUCAUGCAUGCAGAUGGCCUUAGGUUCAGUCUUCAGCAUCACACACGCACACAAGCUGAUUCUCCCCUCUUACUCUUCUCCAGUCACAUCCCUGAGGAAGCAAUUUCAGCAGCCUGUGGGUUCUCAACGGGAACCCUAUCAGCAAACACAGGGCUGAAUAGUCUACGGCCCACAUGUUAUCUUAGAAUAUUCAUUACUCUGCUGUUUGCCUCCCCCACCCCCAGAGGUGCAGUCCUUCAAAAACAGGAGAUCUCAAUAGUUUUUUUUUAAUUUCUUUAUGCAUUUAUGUUUUAUAAGAAUGACCUAAUUUCACCCUGAGUCGGGUGCUUCCGCACUUUUCUCCAUCUUUGUCAGACUUAGCAAGGAGAAGUACAAUAUGCCCCAACCAAACUUGAAUUUCAAAGAAAUGGGGACCAUUUUUUAAUCUCAGUAUGUCUGCAGACAUUGUAAGAGAUCUGCCAUUAUGGUCCAUUUUCAGUAUGAAAAUGUGUUUCAGUGUGAAAGUACAUCUAGAAGUACCUACUGAGUCCCAAGUAAGCAGGGGACACUGCCCUUGUCUGCCUCUGCCCGGAUGCUUCUUAGUUUAUGUCAGGGUUGAAAACAUUGCACAACUGAGCCCCUGCACUAGGAUAGAGAAGGCUCUCAAACCACCACCCACCACCACCACCACUUGGGGAGCCUAUGGUGGGCAGAAGUUUUUCACACUUGAGAACUAUAAAAACCACUUGUACCAAAUGGGAGCGCUAACCAUUUUUGCCCUUUCUGUAGAGACUGUACAAGGUUGUAAGUCACUUCAACUGCUUGCUUCUGUUUCGCUACUCUGAGUCUCCCAAUUCUUAUUAUGAGGGGGUGGGGGGGAUCAUUAUUUCUCACAUGGUGAUUCUUCAGGUCUCUGAAACAGAAAGUCAGUGAGUCAUCUGUAUUUUACCCGUGAGCCCUGAUACACCCAUAUACAAACACGAACCUUUGGGAGUGUUGAUAUACGCAUUCCUCCGCCCCUCAGUUCUGUGACUUGGCACUAACCAAGUAAACAACACGGCUCCCUAAUUCCAGUGGCUACACAGAGGAUGUACAUGCGUUUCUCCCCAUUCCCCUGUGAUGCCCACCUCCAUAAGGCACUACCCCAAGUCUUUAGUCACCCUCCCUGCUCAGAGUCUUUUCUAUACGGUCUCAAUCAGAGCACCACCACCCCUUGGUUCAGAACAAGGGACAGCAACACCCAGAGGGGGUGGUUCAGAAACUAGCAGCACCGUGUAACAAAGUGCUGGUGUAGCAUUCUAAAAAGCCCUGCCUUUGACAGCCCCUGUUGGUGGGGAAGACCAAUGACAGGAAAGCUAGAAAAUAGCUUAAUAACUUAGAUGUUGACGCUUUCUAACAUCUAUUUUCAUUU